GGCUUCGGACUGGUCACCAAAAUACGACCAGGGGUCCUUGAUACACUCGCAUGUCCCAACAUGGCCGUCAAACGCAGUCGGCGUUCAGAGCCAGUAACUUCUAAACUACGAUACGUUUAAUUCACGACAAUAAAAUAAGUUCGGUUUUUUUUUUUUAGAAAUUAUUUUUACUCUUUGGCACGUGCGAAAUGGCUAUAGAGGUGUGUCCAUUCUGUGGGAAGUCCUACAAGAGGUUAAAGAGCCACCUCCCCCACUGCAAGGCAGCCAAGCCUCCUUUGAGCCAUCGUUGGCCUGCUGGUUCUCCGCCAUCCGGUCAGCUCGUAGCCGACUCGUCUAAAACGAAGGAGAGGAACACGGCCCCGCUCAGUAAGAUGUCACCGGAGGUGCCUGGGAAGAGCGGAAAUACGUCACCUCAGCCUGCGUCUAAACCCAAAAAGGGCAUCCGCGCCUCAAUAGAAGCCGCAAAGUCCGGUCAGAUUCCUGCAGGACUGAACACAGUUCCAGAAAAUCUGGCCACAAGCACACGGUCCAAAUCCAAAGCCACGUUGUACACGGAGUCCCCAAAAGCCCCAAAUUCCCAAAAAAAGAAACAAAUCCAGCCCGCAGAAAAAGAAGUUGUGGACAUAAAGGGGGAGACACCGAGGAUUACACUCCAGCACGUUGGAAGCACAUUAAACCGGGCCAAGACCAGCAGGCCUACCAUCCAGAUUGAAACUGCACAAAAAAAGACUCAAACUGGUCCAGAUUUAAAUCCUCCUAGUACGAGCGUCAUUUUACAACCAAAAGAAUCUCCAUUUGUGUUUCAAGAUGAUUCCCGUGCGUAUAAAGCGACCUCCCAUAAUCCUCUGCCCGUGUCCAAACUUCAAACAUCCAAAGGGGGUCUUCCUUGGACCGAACCCGCAUCAGUGUCGCCGGGACGUUUGCUCGACCGCCGGUCCAGAGGCGGAGACGCUUUAGCAUCAGUGGAGAUGCGGAAGGACGACUCCACAGGGCGGGCCCUGGGUCAGGUGACGCUCCGGGAGCUUCCCGAGUGGCUGGCCCGCAGGACGCCGCGUCGCCCGGGAGAGGCGGUGGAAAUGAUGCAGAGAGGCUGGCAGUGGUACUACAAGAAGUAUAUGGACGUGAGGAAAGGCGGCGUGGGCGGCUUUGGCAUGCUGCUGGCCGGAUACUGCGUGCUGAGCUACGUCUGGGCUUACCCUCGUCUUAAACAUGAUCGCUGGAGGAAGUAUCAUUAAGAUCAGAGGCAGAAGUAGGUGUUUUUUUUUUUUUUUUUCGUCACACCCAUCUGCGCAGUACCUCAGGGCUCCACUCGGGGUCACUGUUGAGCCGUGUGCGCAAAUAUGGGGGCUGUUUGACGCCGCAUCACAUGUGCUGGCUUUGAAAGAGGAUUAAAAGGGAACAGGCACAUUUUUUCGAGGUGGAUAAAAUCUUCUAACCCAGACGUAGAACUGGUGCAGAUCUCUUGAGGUUGACCCCACCCUCGUAAUUACCCCCCUCGCACCAGUUAGUCAUCACGCAUGCUUGACCAGAAUAGUAAUGGCGACUCGGGCGCUCGAUAUGUAUUCCAAACAAUUUUAUUGUUGCUGCUUGUGGGCGACACAACAAUGAACAACUGACACCAACAUAAUCCAAAAUAAUUGCCAUUUUCUUUUACAUUCUUUUUUUUUUUGCCUUCCUCCAUACAAAAAUUAUAAAUAUUUUUUUUUGGUUUUGUUUUGUUUCUAGAAAAUGACCAAACUAUACACAUCCGAGUCCGGCAGUACGGGUAGAAAGCGGAACAGGUAGCGUGGGGGGGCCCCCGGCCUGGCGACGGCGGCAAAAUGGCAACCCGUGGCUAAGUGCUUGACCUCAUUAAGGUCACGAGUGACUUUGAAGCAAGCGUGAACCCUGAACUUGUCACCGGCCAAUCGCAGGGCACGCGGAGAUAGACGAGCGCUCGCAGCUUAAUGUCAAUUUUGGGUCUUCAGUGAGCCGAAAAUGCACGUUUUUUUUUUUUUUUUUUGGGAAUGUGGGAGGAACCCAGAAAACGAAGAACACGCAAACUCUUUGAGAUUCCGAUCCCAGGUCGAGGAGCUGUGAGGCAGACGUGUGAAUGUGCUAAUGGUUCGAAAAUAAAAAAUGAAAAAAAUAAUUAAAAAGCUUUGAGUCUUCUGUUGAAGUUUAUUAGCACGAUUAAACUCAGGCAGAAAUGUAUCGGAUUGAAUUUAUUCAGUCUUUAAAUUUUAUUAUGUAACUAAAGUUAGUUUUAGUGCCGUUUGACGUCAACAGAAGAAACUUU